UCGUUGAAAAACUCGCACUCCUUCACUUUAUCUUUUUGAUCCCUCUGCGAGCUUCAUAGCAAAUUCCUUCACUCAAUCAAACCCUAACCCUAACCCUAAAGAAAUUUAGUGAGGAGAAGCCCUGAGCUCGAGUUCUAGUUCCACUGCUGCUCGAUUUCAACGCCAUUCGGAGGAAGUUGAUUUGUUUGACCAAACGCUGACAAGGAAAUGAUGGGCCAUUUUCACAAUCUCUUAUCAGCUUCAACUUGAUAAAUUCUGAAGCCAGACACACAAAUUCAGCUGCUAAAUUAAAAUUUGAAAGUUAACUGAGUUUGAAGUUUGUUUGCUGGCUACAGAUGAGAUCCAUUAUUGCGAGGUCUCUGGGAGAUGGAUCCCUUCUGUUGGUCAGAGUGUUAUGUGGUGAAAUUUAACUAUUACUGCUAUUGAAGGUUCUUGGGCAUUCAUUUGACCUCAGUGUCACUUCUCAAGGAUUUAUUGAUACCCUUAAUGUUAUCCCCAUGGUAUCCAUCAUCAGUAAAUGAAGAAGCAACAAUCUGGAAUAUCACCUUACCCAGGAUAUCAUCCUAGUUCUAAGGAAAUGCAGUUGUGGCAACAACACUUGAUGUAUAAACAGCUACAACAGCUUCAGAGGCGGCAACAGCUUCAGCAACUAGAUCAGGAAGCAAGGCCACAGAAUUUGCUUAGCCAACCUGCUGCAAGACAAGCAGCUGCGGAUCAAUUACCGUCUCUUUUGAACGGCAUGCCCAUAAAUGACACAUCUAGGCAAAUGUUGCAAAGUGAUAUCAUAAAUGGUGAAUCAAAGAUACCAAUUAGCUCUCAGAUGUUUACUGCUAAUUCCAUGAACUGGGCACAAAGCAGAGGCUCCCCUGGUAUGCAUGUGUCUACUGGGCUUAUGUUAACAAAUGAUUGUAGUCAAGCAAUGCACUCAACAGGGUUUGGUACUCAACAACAUGACCAGUCUUUCUAUGGAACUCCUGUUUCCAGCAGCAGAGGCUUGUUGAACCAAUAUCCUCAGUUCCAAGGGACGCCAAAUAGUUUUAUGGAUGCAAUGACUAAGGCAGUUGGAAAGCAGUUAGAACAGGCACCAACGCAUUCUGGUCCAUCAAAUUAUUUUCAAAAGGUUCAGUGUGGUCCGGAGCGUGCUAUCUCGCAGGAUAGUCUAUCAGUUGCCGCACAAGGCUUCCAAGGUAAAAGUUUAUUUGUGAAUGCUCCACUGCAGGGUGUAAGUGCUGGUAUAACGGCAGGAAACUUCCAGCAAGUCAACCAUCCACAGCAAAGUAUUCAGGUGCAAGUAUUUCAGGAUGGACAGGAGCAAGCUCGCUGGUCAAGCAACUUAGAGGAAAAAGGAACAACACAAGUUGGGCCUUCUCGUGGUGUAACUAGUCUAGAUCCUACAGAAGAGAAGAUCUUGUUUGGUACGGAUGAUGAUGGCAACUGGAGCUCUUGUUUCGGUAAUGAUAUGGACACAGGAUAUUAUCUGCAUGCAGAUCCUUUCGAGACCAAUGAUCAACAAGGUGCUUUUCCGUCUCUCCAAAGUGGAAGUUGGAGUGCUCUUAUGCAGGAGGCGGUACAAGUUUCCAGCAGCGAAAAAGGAUUUCGGGAAGAGUGGAGCGGCCUGAGCUUCCAGAAGACAGAACCAUUAACAGGGAACUUUUCUUCUAUCCAUAAUGACAAUGCAAAGCAUCAAGUUCCUUGGGUAAAUAAGAGCUCUCAAUGUUCGCCCCCUUUAAGCUUGAGACCUUCCGAUUCACUCAGCAAUACAAAUAUAGGCUCACCUUUCCCUCCUGGUACCAAUUUUUUGCAUUCGAUGAGAAGUGCAUGUGAAGAGAAUCAAAGAGUACAAACUAAUGCUUCCCAUGAGUCCUAUCAGCACUUAUCUAAGGAUGAUCAGAGCAUGCAAUUUGAUCAGGGUGACGAGCGGAAAAUUCUUGAUAGUGGAAUUCAAGCACAGAUCAAAUCAAAUAAUGUUCCUCCUGGUGUUUGGUUCAAGCACAUACAGAAGCAGUCUAUUAAAACUGCAGAUUCGUCAAGCAUGGAGUUCAAUCUGCAGAACAAUCAGGGUACCCGGAUUCAACAAGAUCAUAGGUCCGUAUCUACCAAUAAUGGGCAACCUGAUCCUAGCUCAACUGGCUGGAAUAAAUCUCUGAUGGCUCAUGGAGGGCACUUUUCUAGUGGAAUUGGACCAGUAAAAUCUGAUAUUGGCAGUUCCCACAUCCAAUCUGUAGCACUUUCUACAUUAAACUUUGAUGGUGCUGUGAAUUCAAGUAAUUUAUGUGCAAACGAGGAAAUGAAUCAACAUCCAAAUAGUUCUCAGAAUGUUCUUGGGAAGCGCGUUGCUUGUAAUUCCUUUGUGAGGUCCAGAGGUGAAAAUUUGGUAGAAAACAAGCAACAACCAAUUAAGGGGCAACAAGUUCGAGACACAUCUGCGAAUAGUGCUGAGGCCUCUAUGAGUGACAGUCAGACAUCCUCAGGUAUGUCUGGCUGGAAAUCUGUAGGUUCUCGUAGGUUUCAAUCCCAUUCGACAGAGAAUUUUAGCAUGAGUGUUGAACCUUCUGAGUCUCCAAAAGACAAGGUAUACUCUCAGAAUAUGCCCAAGUCUGUUAUCCAACAAUUAAAUAAUCAGGGGCAAGGACAUGUAGAAAACUCUCACUAUGCUGCUCAUGACGCGUCGAGUAUGAGAAAGGGGCAGUCAACUGACUUACAGAGAAGCAUUAACAGCCCAGAAGAAUCACAAUAUAGAAGCACAAUGCCUAGGCAGACCAGCAAAAACAUGCUCGAGCUUCUUCAAAAGGCAGAUGAUUCAAGGGAUAGCAGCGCUGUUGCUAGCUUUGGAGAUAAUGAUCAUAUCCAGUCAGCUUCUACUGGUUCAGAUCAUUCUCAACAUGCUCAUGAAGCAUCUCAAAAAGAUAGUUUUGGUGGUAGAUCCGACUUUUCUGGACAGAACUGCAAGGAAAUGACACAGUUAGCUUCCCAGGGCAACUCAGCAGCAGUUUCUACUUCCAAUCUUUCUCAUAUGGGACGUCAGCUACAACUUCAGCAGCAGAAACAGUUUCUGCAACAACAACAUAUAUAUAGUUUAUCUGGACGCGAGUUGUUGAAUCAAUCCGUAAAUCCUCCUCCUGGAAGCGCAGCUGAUAUUGAGGAGCACAUCAGACUAGCUUCUCUUCUUAGACGUGCACAAUUCUCUCAUGAUGCAGCUUUGUCUAGUCAGCCUGCUCAAACGACAUUGAGGACGAUGGCUGGGAGAAUCUCACCUUUCAGGCUUGAUUCACCAACUGAUGCUAAUGUACCUGGUUCUCAGUUCAAUUUUUCUGGUAUCGAUCCUCUCCAUGCAGCAAAUGGGGUGUUGAAUCAUCUUAGAAGUUCUUCCCAGCAUCCCACUGUGGAAACUGGUCAAGCUGCACAAGCUUGUGGUAGAUCGGGCAUGUCCCUACAAAGUGGCUUCUCAACUAUGUUGCAGAAUGCAUGGACAAAUACAUUAGCUCAACAAGUUAUGUCUGGUGCCCAACACCAACAACUGAACUCCACUGCAUCUCAGCCUAUUACGUCAACCAGCAGUAGAGAUAAAAGUUUGAAGUCUAUGCAGAUGGAUGAUGACCGAGAUAAAAAACAAGUAGAGGAGAAUACCUUGCUAGGAACGGAUUCUGAGAGAGGCAGGGCUUUGGAAGAGAAAGAAGAGCAAACCAAUCAUGCUGCUGGAAACACUGAAGUUGGGGUUCAUGGACAAGUUCUACCAUCAAAUGCUCAACAGACAAAUUAUUCCUUACUGCAGCAAAUGCAAGCCAUGAAAGGUGCCGAUUCUGAAGCAAACAGAAGAAAUGGAAAGAGGCUUAAAGGAGAAUUUGGUCCUGAUAGUUCACAGACAGAGUGCUGGGCAGGUCAGGGGUAUAAUUGUGGUCAAAGUGGACUUUCUAGAGUUCCUCUAGCUGGUGAACUGGGUGCAUCUUCUCAAAGUUCUUUCCACUCAGAUAUCAAUAUGUUGAGCUUUUCUUCGAGGGAAAAUGAAGAUAAAGCUGCUGAGAAAACUUCUCAACUACUUGCUACCGAAGGCUUGUACCAAAAUAUGUGUCUCCCUGGACAGCCUCUUACUCCCAUUUCUAAUUUUGCUGGGCAGAAUGAACAUCCUCGGCUAACUCCUCAGAUGGCUCGCUCCUGGUUGGAACAGUACAGAAAAUAUAAGAAUGGCCAGGUUGUUGCAAUGCAUACUGACCAGAAGAGCGCACAAGCUGCCAGUCAGCAGUUUUUCCCUUCAGAACUUUCUGCAAGGAUUGAUAACUCAACUUUCAUGGAUGGAAGGAUUGAAACGGGCCAGUUUGGUACUGCAAGUCAAAGUACAUCACCCAGCAACAGAGUGGUAAAUGAAUCAUUUCACCCAUUGCCAACAGAGAAGUCAAGAAAACGUAAAUCUGAAACAUCACAGCUUCUACCGUGGCAGCAGGUGGUUUCACUUGGUGUCCAAAGGCUACGAAGUAUCAGCAUGGCAGAUCGUGAUUGGGCCCAGGUUGCAGACAGGUUAACAGAGAAGGUGGAGGCUCCAACUAAACUGAUAGAAGAUGGCUCCUUAAUGCCCCAAGCAAGAAGAAGGCUGAUUCUGACAACUCAGCUGAUGCAGCAGUUACUUCCAACCAUACCAUCUCCAGUUCUUGCUGCAAAAGUGACUUCAGUUUAUGAAAGUGUGACAUACUUUCUAGCUAAAUCAGCUCUAGGAGAGGCAUGUGGCCUGAUCUCUUUUUCAGAAGGUUAUUCUGGUGAAUAUUUAGAAAAUGAAAACAGGAGAUCUGAGAAUUGCAAAACUUCGGAGAAGGCUAGUGAAUUUUUUUUCUUAAAAGUCAUGGAAGAUUUAAUUCGAAGAUCUAGAAAACUGGAGACUGAGUUUUCAAGUGAAGAAGAGAGGAUGGAGAUGUCUCAAGUACCGUAUGCAUCAGCAGUGUUCGCGAUGAUUUGUAUAAGACCAGACAUUGCACAAGCAGUGGGAGUGGUUAGUCGAUACAUGGCGAAUCCUGAUGAUCGUGAUAAUAGCAAAUCCACCACAGGCUAUGUGUUUGCACUUGCUGGCAGAGCUGUAAGCUGGGUUUCAAAACUGUAG